AUGACUCCAGAACCUCAGCUCGAGCCUCAUUUUCUCGAUCGAAUCGUUCAAGCGUCAGCAGGUUACAUUCUUCCCGCAACACUCCUGGCAGCGAAUCUCGUUGCCUUCCUCAGUCAAGAUGAAACUCGCCCUUAUGAGCUUCUUCAGGUGACCGAGGCCGUUGAGAUGCCGGAUUUGAUCGCGCUGUACCAUCUUGAAGACUUUGAGUCUGAAGAGUCUGCCCUUGAAAAGCGCAGAAACGUUAGAGUUUGCGAGAGAAUUCUUGCAAUUACUUCUCACUGCGUUGUGAUCGGGAACGCUCUCAAGGACGGAAUCCUCCAGAUAAGCUCUGCCAUUAAGCAUGCCUCAAAUGUCCAGACCUGUACCACCUUUACUGGACGCGCUGGCCCGGGAGGCAACCUCUUCUACCGCUAUCAUUCUAACGGCCGACACUGUGACACGACUGCUGAGCAGGAAACCAUCGCAGGAGCAAUCGAGCGCCAUAUCAAGAGGCAUGGACAUAAGAUUUGCGGCACCGAAUGCUUGAACCUAACUCACGGUGGAACCUGGGAUGGAUACCUUCUCAUCGGACCGGCGGACAAGUUUGAUCACAGUGCUGAGUGUGGACCAGAAAUCAGCUUCCAGCAUUGCGACUCAGGAGGCAAAGGCGACCUCAACUGA